AUGACGGAUCCCCUCUCUAUCGCCGCCAGCGUAACGGGCUUCGUUUCACUCUCCCUCCAAGUUACCGAGUCUCUAUACAAAUAUUAUGAGUCCUACAAACAUCGUCGUGAUGAAUUGGCACAGAUGGCUCAAAGGCUUCAUGCUGUUUGUCAGAAUCUCAAACUACUUGAGGGAAUAGUUGCAGCCCGGAAAUGGCCGCCAGGCGAGCAGGACAUCCUUCAACGAGUUGAUUCAAGCAUCUCCGAUUGGAAAGGAAUUAUUCAAGAUCUACAAGAACAACUCGACAAGUUUGAGAAUGAGCCCCAGGCAACGCUCAAGGAGACGAUCCGGGUUGCUGGGCGUAGUGCAGCUUAUCCAUUUCGCCAGAGGACUCUCAUAAAGUUAGCUGUCGAUGUGGAUGCACUCCAGAAGAGUUUAUGUAUGACUCUGCAGCUACUACAGGUGAAGGACUACGCUAUACUCGGGAACGACCUUGAGGAUAUUAAAAACAUCCUUAAAAUUGCUCAAGCACAUAAUGUGACUAACGGUGUAAAUAUAUGGCUGAAGUCGCCAGAUGUAUCAGUGGACUAUAACAGCGCUUCUGAGAAGCGACAUUCACAGACGGCGAUCCAACAUACCUGGCGCUAUGCGCAGUCACAACCUGAAUGCGCUAUUGCGUACUUCUUCUACACCUUUCAAGAUAAGUCGAAACAAGACGCCUCUGCUCUCCUACGCGCGAUUCUAUUACAACUCUGCCACCAAGUAACGGGAUUUGAGGCCGAAUUGACUCGUCUCGCCAGCAAUUACACCAACGGGCCCCCUCCACCGCAGGUGCUUGUGGAGUAUCUUCACUCAGCUAUCGCUAGGAAACAGCACGUCUACCUACUUGUCGAUGCCUUAGACGAGGUCCCUCAGAGCGCUAGAGGAGGGGAUGUGCUCCCUACUAUUCAGACAAUCCGCGAUUGGAAACUACCAGGCCUACAUCUACUAGUCACAAGCCGUGAUGUUGUGGAUAUUCGCCAGUCUCUCCAAGCUACCGGCGAGGCGGCUAUUAAUUUACGGAACGAUAGUGUCAAUAAGGAUAUAUCGCAAUAUGUAUCGGACAUACUAAAGUUCGAUCCACAACUGUCUCGGUGGGGAGAGCACUGCGAAACAAUCAGAGAGCAUCUAUCACUAAAGGCCGACGGGGGGUAG